GAAGCGCGCUGGAGCAAGAUGGCCACUACCAAGCGCGUGCUGUACGUGGGAGGACUGGCAGAAGAGGUGGACGACAAAGUUCUUCAUGCUGCUUUUAUUCCUUUCGGAGACAUCACAGAUAUUCAGAUUCCUCUGGAUUAUGAAACAGAAAAGCACCGAGGUUUUGCUUUUGUUGAAUUUGAGUUGGCAGAGGAUGCAGCAGCAGCUAUUGACAACAUGAAUGAAUCUGAGCUCUUUGGACGGACAAUUCGUGUCAAUUUGGCCAAACCAAUGAGAAUUAAAGAGGGUUCCUCCAGACCAGUUUGGUCAGAUGAUGACUGGUUGAAGAAGUUUUCUGGGAAGACUCUUGAAGAGAAUAAAGAGGAAGAAGGGGCAGAAACUCCCAAGGUAGAAACCCAGGAGGGAGAGCCCCCUGCAAAAAAGACACGGUCAAAUCCUCAGGUGUACAUGGACAUCAAGAUCGGGAACAAGCCAGCCGGCCGUAUCCAGAUGCUCCUGCGUUCUGAUGUCGUGCCCAUGACAGCAGAGAAUUUCCGCUGCCUAUGCACCCAUGAAAAGGGCUAUGGGUUCAAGGGAAGCAGCUUCCACCGCAUCAUCCCCCAGUUCAUGUGCCAGGCUGGGGAUUUCACAAACCACAAUGGCACCGGGGGCAAGUCCAUCUACGGGAAGAAGUUUGAUGAUGAAAACUUUAUACUCAAGCACACAGGACCAGGCCUCCUUUCCAUGGCCAACUCUGGCCCAAACACAAAUGGCUCGCAGUUCUUUCUGACCUGUGACAAGACGGACUGGCUAGAUGGCAAGCACGUGGUGUUUGGGGAGGUCACCGAAGGCCUGGAUGUCUUGCGGCAGAUUGAGGCCCAGGGCAGCAAGGACGGGAAGCCGAAGCAGAAGGUGAUCAUCGCCGACUGUGGGGAGUACAUGUGAGGUGGCACCACCAGUUCCCUCUCUGCUCCCUGCGUGUCCUGUGGGAAGCAAGCAGUGCUGUGUCCGAGCUCCUCCUUGGGCCAGCUUGGAGCAGCUCCUCUGGAGCAUGGCCUGGACUUGGUAUGAGCUCCUGCCAGGUGCACUGUGUGCCUGUGGCCAGUGCGGUACCACCCUCCCCACCAUGGAUAGCCGAGUGUGUCCACUCGCUUUCCCAGGUGUGGCUGCCAAGUCUGCCCUGGCCCACCUGAGGCUCCUGGAUACUUUCUUUGCUAAAAUAAAUCCUGAUUCUUUUA